AAAAUCUCGUUAAAUUUCCAGGUGUCGGCGGGUCAGCACAUGCAGCUAACGGGCGAUCUGAAGCCAGUGGUGUCUGUAGCGGCUCAACAAGGCAUGUACUUCAAUCAACAACAGAACCAAAAUCAAUCGGGACCGGCCGGCCAGACGGACACCUAUUGCUCAGUCUCUCAGUCUCAAACGAUCAACUUCACGCAGCAGAGUCUGAGACAGAGGGCUGCGGCGGCAGCCGCUGGCGGUGUUUCCCAACCGGCCGCCGCUGCCGCUGCACGCAACCACCCUCAGCAAGUGCCGCCGAAUCAGGUGGAUCAGCACCAACACGCCAAGAUCCUUCAGCAGCAGCAGCUGAUGCGCGCACAGCAGGUGAUGCAACAACAACAGCAUAUGGCCGGAGGAAUGGGUGGCGUGAGACCACCGCCUCCCGAAUACAAAGCGGCUCAGGCCCAAAUGAUGCACGCUGGCAUCGGCAUGGGUCAGCAGGCUAGGUUUCCCAAUGCUGGACCUAUGCGCAGGGUUACGCAACAGCCUAUGCCACCUUCAGGUCCGAUGAUGAGACCGCAAAUGGCGCAGCAGCAGCAGCAGGCGUUGCACGCCGCCGGUGGCAACAUGUACAUGGGCGGCGGAGGCAUGACCGCGAUCGGCGGGAUGCAUCAGAUGCAUCAACGUCUUGGAUAUCCCAGGACCAACAAUCAACGGCCGCCUAACGUCAGCGUCGGCCCUCCCGAUGGCCUUGGCAACAGUAUCGCCGGCCGCGGCGCCCAGCAGGAGUGGCGACACGUUCUGAUGCAGCAACAGGGCUUUCAGGCGCAGAUGCGAUCGCAAUUCAACCAGCAAGGUCACCAAGGUGGAUUCGGCAUGGGUGGUACGGGUGGAAUGCAGAUGAACGCCGCGCAGAUGCAGCAUCAACAGUUGAUUCGCUCACAGAGCGGAGGUAUCACUGGCUCGGGUAUGGCCAAUACCACUCAGAUGCAGCAGUUACUGUCGCAGCAACACCAGCAACAGACAUUAGCCAUGCAGCAGAGUAAUAAUCAGAUGUCACUGCAGAUGCAAAUGUCACAAUCCUCGUCAGUGAACUCGGUUAACAGUACCGGAACCGGUGAGUUUUGGAUGAUGAUUAUUCUUUGAGUCCAACCAGCGGAG